AUGGUCGUCGUGGAAGGCGCCUCAGUUUUGGCCGUCGCCAAGGGCGCCGUCACUGUGGUAAAGACCACCUACGUCGUGUACACGCAGUUGAAGGCGUUUCAGAACGCCCCAAGCAACUUCAAGGGACUGGUGGGCUUAGUUGAGCACAUGGAACGCAGUCUCGAGAGGGCAGACGCGGCCCGACGUGAGGCUCGAGAGCGUCAUAAUGCGCAUGUCCACAAUGACUUGAUGGGUGCGCAGGCGACCGUCCUCAGCCUGUAUAAAGACCUUGCCAACAAGCUCGACCUCACGCAAAAAACCCAAGACCUUGCCAGCGAUCGAAAAAGAACGGUCUGCUGGACGCGGAUCAAGGUGUAUAUCGAUGGCAAUGAGUACAAGGACCUCAAGGCCGAUAUCUUUGAGUGGUGUGCGAUCCUGGAUAGGAAUUCUGACAGCUUGGAGAAGUCUUCAGGAAGCGCGCCUCUUGACGGAGCGGCUGAACCUCGGCACGGCUGA